AUGCCCCAACUCUCCGGGGCAGGCGGCGGCGGCGGGGGGGACCCGGAACUCUGCGCCACGGACGAGAUGAUUCCCUUCAAGGACGAGGGCGAUCCCCAGAAGGAGAAGAUCUUUGCCGAGAUCAGUCACCCCGAAGAGGAAGGCGACUUAGCCGACAUCAAGUCCUCCUUGGUUAACGAGUCCGAAAUCAUCCCGGCCAGCAACGGACACGAGGUGGCCAGACAAGCACAAACCUCUCAGGAGUCCUACCAUGACAAGGCCAGAGAACACCCUGAUGACGGGAAGCAUCCAGAUGGAGGCCUUUACAACAAGGGACCCUCCUACUCGAGUUAUUCCGGGUACAUAAUGAUGCCAAAUAUGAAUAAUGACCCAUACAUGUCAAAUGGAUCUCUUUCUCCACCCAUUCCAAGAACAUCAAAUAAAGUGCCCGUGGUGCAGCCAUCCCAUGCGGUUCAUCCUCUCACCCCCCUCAUCACUUACAGCGACGAGCACUUUUCUCCUGGAUCACACCCGUCACACAUCCCAUCAGAUGUCAAUUCCAAACAAGGCAUGUCUAGACAUCCUCCCGCUCCCGAGAUCCCUACCUUCUACCCGCUGUCUCCGGGUGGUGUUGGACAGAUUACCCCACCUCUUGGCUGGCAAGGUCAGCCUGUAUAUCCCAUCACGGGAGGAUUCAGGCAACCCUACCCAUCCUCACUGUCAGUCGACACUUCCAUGUCCAGGUUUUCCCAUCACAUGAUUCCUGGUCCACCAGGUCCCCACACAACUGGCAUCCCUCAUCCCGCUAUUGUAACACCUCAGGUCAAACAGGAACACCCCCACACUGACGGCGACCUGAUGCAUGUGAAGCCUCAGCAUGAACAGAGAAAGGAGCAGGAGCCAAAAAGACCUCACAUUAAGAAGCCUCUGAAUGCUUUUAUGUUAUACAUGAAAGAAAUGAGAGCCAAUGUCGUGGCUGAGUGUACUCUGAAAGAAAGUGCAGCUAUCAACCAGAUUCUAGGCAGAAGGUGGCAUGCCCUCUCCCGUGAAGAGCAGGCUAAAUAUUAUGAAUUAGCGCGGAAGGAAAGACAGCUACAUAUGCAGCUUUAUCCAGGCUGGUCUGCGAGAGACAAUUAUGGUAAGAAAAAGAAGAGGAAGAGAGAGAAACUACAGGAAUCCACAUCAGGUACAGGUCCAAGAAUGACAGCUGCCUACAUCUGAAACAUGGUGGAAAACGAAGCUCAUUCCCAACGUGCAAAGCCAAGGCAGCAGCCCCGGGACCUCUUCUGGAGAUGGAAGCUUGUUGAAACCCAGACUGUCUCCACGGCUUGCCCAGUCGACCCCAACUGAGAAUCAACACCAACUUCACCCUGAGGUCACUGCUAGAGACACUGAUCCAUAAAGACAAUCACUGCCAAACCCCUUUCAUCUACUGCGAGAGCCAAGUUCCAAAAUAAAGCGUUCAAGGUUUUUUCAAAGAAAAUUAAAAAGCACAUGAGUUUGCUAGCAGGCCCUGGGUCCGCUGAGCAGCUUGCCGCCUCCCCUCACGUCCGCUGCGCCCUUCCCAGAGCAUCUUGCAUCCAUACCUGUACGCUUCUGGCAAGGACGGUCACUCGGCUGCCUGGGCCGCCACGAGCAACUGCAGCCUGCCGCCGGCCGCCCGCCGC